GCGGCGGCUGGGCCUCGAGCGCCUGCAGCCCACCUCCCGGGGGCGGGCUCCCGGCUCGAGCAGGGGCGGCGAGAAGAUGGAGGAGCUGGUGGUGGAGGUGCGGGGCUCCAAUGGCGCUUUCUACAAGGCAUUUGUCAAAGAUGUUCAUGAAGAUUCAAUAACAGUGGCAUUUGAAAACAAUUGGCAGCCUGAGAGGCAGAUUCCAUUCCAUGAUGUGAGAUUCCCACCACCUGUAGGUUAUAACAAAGAUAUAAAUGAAAGUGAUGAAGUUGAGGUUUAUUCCAGAGCAAAUGAAAAGGAACCUUGCUGUUGGUGGCUAGCUAAAGUGCGGAUGAUAAAGGGUGAGUUUUAUGUGAUAGAGUAUGCAGCAUGUGAUGCUACUUACAAUGAAAUUGUCACAAUUGAACGUUUGCGAUCUGUGAAUCCCAACAAACCUGCCACAAAGGAUACAUUCCAUAAGAUCAAGCUGGAUGUGCCAGAAGACUUAAGACAGAUGUGUGCCAAAGAAUCGGCACAUAAGGACUUUAAAAAGGCAGUUGGAGCCUUUUCUGUCACCUAUGAUCCAGAAAAUUAUCAGCUUGUCAUUUUGUCUAUCAACGAAGUCACCUCCAAGCGAGCACACAUGCUGAUUGACAUGCACUUUCGGAGUCUGCGCACUAAGUUGUCCCUGAUUCUGAGAAAUGAAGAAGCCAGUAAGCAGCUGGAGAGUUCAAGACAACUUGCCUCAAGGUUUCAUGAACAGUUUAUUGUACGAGAAGAUCUAAUGGGCCUAGCUAUUGGUACACAUGGUGCUAAUAUUCAGCAAGCCAGAAAAGUACCUGGGGUCACGGCUAUUGAUCUAGAUGAAGACACUUGCACAUUUCAUAUUUACGGAGAGGACCAGGAUGCCGUGAAAAAGGCAAGAAGCUUUCUGGAAUUUGCUGAAGAUGUCAUUCAAGUUCCUAGGAACUUAGUAGGCAAAGUAAUAGGAAAAAAUGGAAAGCUGAUUCAGGAGAUUGUGGACAAAUCAGGAGUUGUAAGAGUGAGAAUUGAGGCUGAAAAUGAGAAAAAUGUUCCACAAGAAGAGGAAAUUAUCCCACCAAAUUCCCUACCUUCCAACAAUUCAAGGGUUGGACCUAACCCCUCAGAAGAAAAGAAACAUUUAGAGAUCAAGGAAAACAGCGCCCAUUUUUCUCAGCCUAACAGUACAAAAGUUCAGAGGGUGUUAGUGGUUUCAUCAAUUGUAGCAGGGGAAUCCCAGAAACCUGAACUCAAGGCUUGGCAGGGUAUGGUACCAUUUGUUUUUGUGGGAACAAAGGACAGCAUUGCUAAUGCCACUGUUCUUUUGGAUUAUCACCUGAACUAUUUAAAGGAAGUAGACCAGUUGCGUUUGGAGAGAUUACAAAUUGAUGAGCAGUUGCGACAGAUUGGAGCUAGUUCUAGACCACCACCAAAUCGUACAGAUAAGGAAAAAGGCUAUGUGACUGAUGAUGGUCAAGGAAUGGGUCGAGGUAGUAGACCUUACAGAAAUAGGGGGCACGGCAGACGCGGUCCUGGAUAUACUUCAGGAACUAAUUCUGAAGCAUCAAAUGCUUCUGAAACAGAAUCUGACCACAGAGACGAACUCAGUGAUUGGUCAUUAGCUCCAACAGAGGAAGAGAGGGAGAACUUUCUUCGCAGAGGAGACGGACGUCGGCGUGGAGGCGGAGGAAGAGGACAGGGAGGAAGGGGGCGUGGAGGAGGCUUCAAAGGAAACGACGAUCACUCCCGAACAGAUAAUCGUCCACGCAACCCGAGAGAGGCUAAAGGAAGAACAGCAGAUGGAACCCUUCAGAUCAGAGUUGACUGCCAUAAUGAAAGGAGUGUCCACACUAAAACAUUACAGAAUACCUCCAGUGAAGGGAACCGGCUGCGCACGGGGAAAGAUCGUAAUCAGAAGAAGGAAAAGCCAGACAGCGUGGAUGGCCAGCAACCACUCGUCAACGGAGUACCCUAA